UCAUCAUCAUCAUCAUGGCAACAUCUGAACCUGACACAUCACCACUCACAAAUGAAUCCUCCAGUGACCACUGCAAACCAGAAAAUUUCACAGAUCGGUUUGGAAUGCUUGAGCAAGGGAUUCUUGCAUUUCUUGCCUUUAGCUUUUUAAUAAUUAAAAGACUCAGAGAACCCAAGGGCGAGAGAAGGCCAUGGAAGAUAUGGUUCUUUGAUACCUCAAAGCAAGCUCUUGGUGCUGGCUUGAUUCAUGUUAUCAACAUUCUUUUGUCAAUGAUUUCCUUAAGAGGUGAUGCCUGUACUUGGUAUGUGAUAUACUUUUUACUGGACUCAACGGCUGGGCUCUUGUUCAUCUACUUACAAGUUAGAAUUGCCCAGAAGAUAGUGAUAAGGUGUGCAUGUAAAUCGUUGAUGUUCGGAGAGUAUGGAGAUCCUCCCAAAUACGAUGCUUGGAUUGGACAAUGCGGUGUCUUCAUAAUCAUUGUUAUCAUAGAAAAAAUUGGCAUUACUCUACUUACAACUAUUCCAUUCUGGACAAAGGUUGCUGAUGUGUUGUUGAGUCCUAUACAUAGUCCUAAAGUAGAAUUAACAUUGGUGAUGCUUGUCAUACCAUUUAUAGUCAAUACGAUAAUGUUCUGGGUGGUAGAUAACUUCUUAAUGGGGAAGAGGUCAAAGUUGAAAGGUUACGGCAAGGAGGGUCAUGGUUCAAAUGGGAAAGACAGGAGGCCAAGAGUGCAUUACUACCGGAGUGUGCCAGCAAAGUCAUCAGAUGGAUCCGAGUCAGAGGUUCUUGUAUCAUGUGACGAUGAUGACACAAGGUCGUCAAACGGAUCAUUAUUAGUCAGAGAUUCAGAAGAAGAGAGGUCGAGUAUGAAGAGAAUAAAAGAAAAUUAUUUAUAGGGAAUUAGGAUAUUGACUUCAAUGAUUUUUUAUAUUGCAUUGCAUUACUCAGAAAAGUGCUGAGAAAACAUAUGUAAAAUCUGAUUGAUAAUAAUAGGCAUUUAUAUGGUGCCAUCUAUCU